AUGGCGGCGCCCGUGCGAGCUGUCAAUCACCCAGACCCGGCCCCGCCCACCUCGCAAAGGAUUGUGGGCAGGCGCAGCCGCUGGUCAGCAGAGGAGCGCGUGGAAGGGAAAACCCGGGGCUGCGGUGCCCGGCACUCUCCAAAGCGCUCUGUCCACUGGCCCGUGUCCGCCAUGAAGAGGAAGGCCCCCGACUCGCAGGAGAAGGCCUGCAUGCUGUGCCGCCGCGCAGAUGUCAGCGCGGACGUCUGCGGGCCGAAGCAUGAGAAAAGAGGGCUCUGUGUCCACGAGAACUGCCUGUUCUCUGCCAGCUGGCUGCACCAGCGCGGGAGCAGGGAGGAGGGCAUCUGCGGAUUCCUCCCCGUGGACAUCAAAUGGAAAAUAAAGAGUGCGGCGCAGAAGGGCUGCUUCGUGUGCGGCGAGCGGGGCGCUGCCAUCAGCUGCCAGCGGAAGGGCUGCAGCCGCACCUUCCACCUGCCCUGCGCCUCCGAGCACGGCUGCGUCACCCAAUUCUUCAGGCCCUACAGGUCGUUCUGCUGGGAGCACCGUCCGGAGCAGGCAGUGCCAGCACGUCCCACUCCAGAGACGACGUGCAUCAUCUGCCAGGAGCCCGUGGACGAGCAGCUCUCGUACCGCACCAUGGUGUGCCCGGCCUGCAAAGGGGCCUGGUUCCACCGGGGCUGCAUCCAGGGACAGGCCGUGCACGCCGGAGUCUCCUGCUUCCAGUGCCCGCUCUGCAAGAACCGCAGGAGGUUUCUUCCAGAGAUGUUUAAAAUGGGCAUCUCCAUCCCCUUCAGAGGACCACUGUGGGAGGAAGGCGGCCGCUACCGCGACCUGUACCAGCGGCACAGGCGCUGUGAUGCGGCCCGGUGCCUUCACCCACGGGGCAGGGAGCAGGCAGAGCCGAGCGGGCGCUGGGAGCUGCUGCUGUGCUCAUCCUGCGCCGCCCAAGGGGCCCAUCGGGGCUGCUCGGGCCUGGGAAACGCCGCCGUGAGCUGGGAGUGCGACGAGUGUGCCGGCCUGGGCCCCGCCUCCAGCGCGCAGCCGGAGCCGGCCGCCCCCAGCACCAGCAGCCAGGCUGAGCCGGCGGCGUCCUCCAGCUCCGCAGCUCCCCGGACCCGCAGCCCGUCGGGCGGGACGGGGCCGGAGCGAAGGCCGAGCCGCUCCAGGCUAGCCCGCCGCUCCCAAAAUCCCUACCGGCGGCCGUGA